AUGGGAUGUUGUUUGUCAACAUCAAAAAGUGAAGAAAUCAAAUAUAUUGGAAAUGAAUGGUUUUAUCUUCCAUAUGUUAUAAGACGAAUGAUAAUUGAUAUGAUGGAUUUGAAAACAAAAGGAAGAUUUGCACAAUGUUCACAAGAUUGUUUUGAAGAAGUUAGUCAAAGUCGAAAUUAUACUCAUAGAAUUCAAAUACAAGGUAUAGGAAAAGGAAAACAACGAAUAUAUUGCAUUUAUAUUGUUGUUAAAAAGGAAAAAUUGAAAUUACAAAUAUACUACAACAAAAAAUCAGAAUGUGAAGAAUGUUGUCAAGUUGAUUGGUAUUUGGAUGAUAAAAUGAUUGGUACAGAAACAUUUGGAAAACAAGAUUUGAUUGAAAUUGUUUUAUUAUUCUUCAAUGCAUUUUUGAAGAAGAAUUUUUGAAGUUUGACAAUUAUUGAGAUUUACAUUGUGAGUUUUAUUUGAUUUUGAAUUCAAAAAUCAAGGUUUUUAGAAUGAUUUUCCUUAUAAUCGAACAAAUAUCAAUAAUUUGAAAAGUGGAAAAUUAGAAAUAUUGAUACUUAAUGAAAAUAUACAUGGAAUUGAUCCGAUUUCAAGUGGAUUUGUUGAUUUUGAUACAAUUUCUCGUUUUCAAAAUCAUGUCAGAAUUCCAAAUUGUAAACUUGAUGAUUUAUUCAAAAUGACAUCAAUACAUCGACAAUUAUACACAUCAAUCUUCUCAUUGAAAGAAUUCGAGAAUUUUUUGAGACGAAUUUUGAUUCAAGAAAAAUAUGAUGAUAAUUUGAAUCAGAUUAUUGUGAAUUAUGAAAAUUAUGAAAACGAUUCAUAUGAUUUGAUUCGAGUUAUCAAAUAUUAUACAACAUAUUGUGGUUGGAUGAUAGAAAAUGCGACGAAAUUGGGAUUUGAUGGAUAUUUGAGAGAUCAUAAAAGAAUCCAACAUCUCGAACAUUGUAUUAUUAUGAAAGAAAGGGAUUUAGUUUAUGUUAGGGUUAGAAAAAGAACUUAG